AUGAGCUUCUCCACCUCCUCUCGCAAGGCCAGCGACGGCAGCGCACGCCGUGCCGCCUACCGCCGCACCCGGGUCAAGGCCGGAUACCAGGCCAAGGCCGAGCCUGCGCCUCACGCCGCGGAUGGGCCCGACGGCGCCAGCAACUCGGCUUCCGCGUCUGCGACAGCGACUGUGACUGCCUUUGAUGCGCAGGCGUUCAUCGCCGCGCUGCCGAGCAACAGGAACUCGCCGCGCGCCAAGGACAAGGCCGUGCGGAACGUGUUCAACUCGUUUUUCAACGACUUCCUCAAGUCGCGCAACAACUGGAGCCAGAGCGACAUCGCGGCCGAGGCUGGAAAGACGAAGUCUGGCAACGGCGGAUCGGUCUCGCACUUUCUCAAGAACAACCGUCACACUGCGUGGAUCUUUUCCGUCUUUCUGCGGCUCGCCCGCGAGGCGGCCGCCAGCCACCCGCACGACUUUGCCGACUGGGCCAAGCCACACGUCACCUUUUCCCAGUAA